GAGUUAGAAAUGCGCACAAUUUAUCCCCAAAUUGAAAGUAGCUGCCACUUAUGUACGGAAUAAACCGACUCAUUUCUCUAAGUCAUCUGCUCGCCGUCGCCACCGCAACCGCCACCGCCACCGCCACCUCCGCCGGCCCCUAUUCGAAACGGUCGCUCCGCCUCAGUCCACAGUUCAGAUCUAUUGCCAUCAAGCACUCCUCCCGCCGCCGCACAAUGGACCCUCCGUCUCCCGCCGCGACCGCCGGGAUCGAUGAUUUUGUGAACGUCGGAGAGGAUGGUACGAUCCUCGGCGAAGACGACGAGGCUCUGCCUGCAAAUGACAGCUCGAUUAGUGACAGUUACAGCAGUUAUGAGAGGAGAGUGCUGCCACCGGAGCUCUCGAGGAGUGUGGCUAUGCUCACGUGCGAGUCGGCUGCGGAUGGCGGCGUCUGCGAUGUAUAUUUGGUUGGAACCGCCCACGUUUCUACGGAAUCUUGCCAAGAAGUUCAGGCUGUGAUAGAAUUCUUGAAACCCCAGGUUGUCUUUUUGGAGCUGUGCUCUAGUCGCGUUGCGAUUCUUACGCCGCAAAACUUGAAGGUGCCAACCAUGGGAGAAAUGGUGGACAUGUGGAAGAAAAAACAAAAUCUUUUUGGGAUACUCUACAGCUGGUUUCUUGCUAAGGUCGCUAGUAAACUUGAAGUUCUGCCCGGUGCAGAGUUUCAAGUGGCAUAUGAAGAAGCCAUGAAAUAUGGUGGCAGGGUUAUACUGGGCGAUCGACCUGUUCAGAUUACGUUGCGGAGAACAUGGGCCAAGAUGCCUCUUUGGCACAAGACAAAAUUAUUGUACGCGUUGCUGUUUCAAGCAGUUUUCUUGCCAAGCCCAGAAGAUCUUGCCAAGACGCUGAAGGAAAUGGACGAUGUUGACAUGCUAACUCUAGUAAUUCAGGAGAUGAGCAAGAAGUUUCCCACUCUCAUGGAAACCCUCGUCCAUGAGCGCGACCAAUAUAUGUCAGCCACAUUACUUAAAGUAGCACGUGAACAUAACUCGGUGGUAGCCGUUGUGGGAAAGGGCCACUUACCAGGAAUCCAGAAGAACUGGAAACAACCAGUUGAGGUGAAGCAACUUCUGAGCAUGCCAAUUGAAAAAAAGACGAUAACAGUGACCAAGAUACUUAGUUCUAUUGGAGUAACAGUCGCUGGAGUUGCUAUAAUUUCUGGCAUUUAUCUCUCCAUCAAGAAAUAGCUCUUUCCAUCUCAUGAAACAAAAAACUCUUUUCUUUCAAAUUUGUUAGCAUAUUUCUUUACAUUUUUAUUUUAUUUUCUUUCAAAUUCGUUAGCAUAUUUCUUUACAUUUUUGUCAGGUCGUCCGCACUGUAUGGACACCCGACCUUCGUCCCAUAACAAGUGUUCUAGUUUUCUUUU